AAGGGUAUAGAUAGCCGUUGGCAUAGACAAUAUAAGAACAGUUUACAUUAUUGGCAAUACAAGUUGAUGGUGAUCGUUGGAAGAAUGUGGACUAAAGCGUGCGUCGUCGUAAUAAUUCAAGUUUUGUUUGUGAUAGUGCAGCACAAUGUGGCAUAUGCCAAAAGGAUAUUGUUCGUAUCGAAUUAUCCAGCGUACAGUCAUCAAAUAACUUAUCGCAGUUUGUGUUUGGAAUUACACAAAAAAGGCCACGAAAUUGUAUCCGCCACUACAGUGCCUAUGAAAAAUUCUUCUUUAACUAAUUAUACAGAAAUUGACUUACAAUACUUUUACGGGUAUAAGGAUUUUCCCGGAAUUAAAACUAUACCAUAUGCUAGCCUUACCGUAGCGAGUCUUGAGUUACAGUUACUAGAAUUCGAACGAACCGUGGCAUGGCCAUCGCUACACGUCCUCAAUCGUGAGGUUUAUAAAAAUCCAGAAAUGAAAAAGUUAUAUGCAGUCGAUAGCAACGAGCACUUUGACGCUGUUAUUGUAGCGCAGGGCCCUACAAUUUCGCUGAAUGCUCUCGCGUACAGAUUUAAAGCUCCUCUCAUAGGUAUUUCAAGCCUGGACAUAUUCAAUCAUAUGCGCUAUAUCUUUGGAUCUAUCAUUCUCCCAUCGCAUAUUUCCAAUUGGCAAACCAAUACGCCAGUCGAAACUAAUAUGCCAUUUUGGAGGAGACUCGUCAAUUUUUACGAAGUGUGGGCAAAUAUGUAUUCCUGGGCGAGCGAACACUCUGCUGUAGAGGAUGCAAUCGCGAAAGAGUACUUAGGACAAGAUCUACCGCAUAUUGACGACAUAACGAAAAAUAUGAGCAUAUACCUUGUAAAUAAACAUCCAGUGUUUUCGUAUGGCAGACCUGAACAACGGAAUGUCAUAUUUUACCAUAGUUUUCAUAUUACAAAAACGCCGGAUAUUCUACCACAAAAUAUAAAACAAUUCCUUGACGACGCCAAGGAAGGAUUUAUUUAUGUCAGUUUGGGAACCACUGUUAAAUGGGAGGAUCUACCGGAAGGUAGACUUGAAACUUUCAUUGAAGCAUUCUCAGUUGUACCGUACAGAAUUCUUUGGAAAUUUAACCCUGAUCUGUUGCCCAAGAAAUAUAAAAAUAUACUGGCAUUGAACUGGUGCCCCCAGCAAAGCAUUCUCGCUCAUCCAAAUAUCAAGCUAUUUGUAUACCAAGGUGGUUUUCAAAGUACUGAAGAAACUAUUCAUUAUGGGGUUCCAGUAGUAGGUUUUCCCGUUCUGUGGGAUCAAACCUUUCAAGUGCUAAAUAUGGUAAGACUAGGUAUUGGAAUUCGUCUGGACAUACGUUAUUCCUCGAAAGAAAGCAUUGCGGCCGGUAUACAUGAAGUUAUAAACAACAAGAGGUACAAAGAUCGAAUAGUACAGCUGAGUAAACUUUAUAAGGAUUCACCGUAUGACAGUCUUCAACAUGUGGUACAGUGGAUUGAAUACGUGAUGCGUCAAAAUGGGACGCAUUUCUUGCGAAAUAAUCUUGGCGAUGAGCCGUGGUAUCGACGAUACGACUGGGACAUCAUCGCGUUUCUCGCCAUAGUAUUAUUUAUAACAUCUCUUCUUUCUACAUGGAUACUACUUAAGAUAUUUCGAUUUCAUUUAAGAAUAUUAUCAAGCUCUCUGUGGUAGUUUCUAAUGUUAAAAGAUAAGGGAAAAUCCUAUUAUGAGAUAGGUUCCUAAUACGAGACAGCAGGGUUUCUGCUAAAGUAAUAGGAUAAUUUGCUGCUUCUACAAUGAAUUUAUUACCCUUGGAGUAAAAUCUGUUUAGUGGAAAAUUCAUCGUUAGAUCGUGUAAUCGU